CAACAAUGAUCGAGUAUCUCCUAGCCAAAGGACUCAUCCGACCAUCUACUUCGCCAUACGGUGGCCCAGUACUCUUCACGCCGAAACCGGACGGAAGCCUGCGCAUGUGCAUCGACUACCGAGCUCUUAACAAGCAGACCAUCAAGAAUAAAUAUCCGAUACCGCGAAUCGAUGACCUGCUUGACCAGCUUCGGGGAGCUACGGUAUUUUCCAAACUGGAUCUGCGGUCCGGAUACUGGCAGAUACGGAUGGCGGACAAUUCUAUCCACAAAACUGCUUUUCGAACUCGGUACGGAUCGUACGAGUAUUUGGUAAUGCCGUUCGGACUCACCAACGCGCCGGCAACAUUCCAAGCCGAAAUGAACCACAUUCUACGACCACUUCUGGACGAAUGCGUGGUGGUGUACCUGGACGACAUACUCAUCUACUCGCGCGACAUGAAGCAGCACGUCGAACACCUGCGACGCGUCUUCGAAAUUCUUCGACGAGAACGAUUCUACGUCAAACUGUCCAAGAGCGAAUUCGCCCUGGAGAAAUUCCAAUUUCUAGGACACAUGGUGAGCGCUCAAGGAGUUCAUGUCGACCCCAAGAAAAUCGAAGCCGUACGCACGUGGAAGACUCCCGAGAACGUGAAGGAGUUGCAGCAGUUCCUAGGCUUCGCUAAUUACUACAACAGGUUCGUGCCACAGUAUGCGAAACUCGCGGCACCACUCACGAAUCUGCUGAAGAAGAACACGCCCUACAAAUGGGAGACGAAGCACCAGGAAGCCGUGGAGCAGCUGAAACAAGCACUAACGUCCGCACCGGUGCUCAUCUUGCCAGAUCCCGAACGUGACUACGUCAUUGAAGCAGACGCCAGUGAUCAGGCCGUGGGUGCAGUCUUGAUGCAAGACCAAGGGAAUGGACUGCAACCAAUUGCCUACCUCAGCAAGAAACUGCACGGGGCAGAACUAAACUACCCGAUACACGACAAAGAGGCCCUGGCUAUCAUCAUCGCCUUCAAAGCGUGGAGAUGCUAUCUCGAAGGACGAAGAACAACCGUCUACACCGACCACUGCAGCCUGAAAUACUUGAAGACACAACCAACCCUUUCCAGGCGGCAGGUCCGGUGGAUUGACUUCCUCGAGACACACUUCCACUACGACAUCGUGUACAAGCCCGGCCACAAGAACAAAGCAAACGCUCUCAGCCGGCCUGCACACGUUGCCGCGAUUCAGCAGUCAUGAUGCCAUCCUUGUCGUCAUUGACA